AUGGCAGUUUGUGUGUUUGUGAACAAAUGCUUCUAUCGCUAUGUUCAGGUGCUUUACAUCACCGAGCGUGAAUUUUGGGAGGAGAUCAAGGAUGAUUAUAUUCAAAAGAUAGCUGAUAUGGAUCCUAAUGAAGUGUACCCAUCGAACAAUCCAGGACCAACCAAACCUGACGGAACUAUCAAUUUCGAAUGCCAUUGUGUCGGGCAUCUUGUUGCUAGUCCGUGUGGAUAUGAAUUCAGGGAAGCUGUAACCUGCCAGAAAUCGUCCACAGAUGAAGAAUUGGAGGCGGGUGCAUGUGGAGAUCAGUUCAUAGCGUUUAUGGAGUGUGCCAUGCGGACCCAAUGUUUCAAGAGUAAGCAGAAAAUAUCUCGAAUUACUUUUAUAGUUUAG